AUGCUUUCAAAGGCUUUGAUAACGCUGCUCCUUGCUGCUAGAGUAGUCACGCUGAAUUUUGACUGGGAGCGUGAUCAAGUCAUCGCCUCUGCAAUAGCAAACGCUAUCUCCCACGAAGGAUGCAAAAUCACCCCAGGUGAUGACAAUUGGCCCAGCGAGGAGAAAUGGGCAUCAUUUAACGAGACGUUGGGUGGAGCAUUGCUCAAACCAAAACCAUUGGCUAGUUUAUGUUAUGCUGGAGACGGGUACAAUGCAGAGAAGUGCGAGCAACUAAGGGACAGUUGGGCGGGUAUGAAUCUACAUUCCGACGACCCAACAAGUGUCAUGUCUCAAUGGGCGUCUGGUAAUACAUGCGUACCGACAUCUCAUCCAAACUCUACUUGCGCACAAGGGGGUUACCCAGUUUACGUAGUCAAAGCUACUAGCAUUCGACACAUCCAGCUCGCUGUGGAUUUCGCAAGAAACAACCACAUUCGCCUUGUGAUCAAGAAUUCAGGUCACGACUUUAACGGCAAGUCUAUCGGUGGCCAUUCUCUGAGUGUAUGGACGCAUCAUCUUAAAGAUCUUGUUUACCAUGCGAAUUACUCAUCGCCUACUGGGUCUUAUACUGGACGAGCUGUCGCGUAUGCCGCUGGAGUGCAAGCGUUUGAGGGUUCGGCAUUGAUGAGAAGAAAUAAUAUGACAUUCAUCAUCGCAGGCGGAACUACGGUGGGGAUUGCGGGUGGCUUCCUCCAGGGAGGGGGACAUAGUAGCUAUACCAGCUAUUAUGGGUUGGCGGCGGAUCAAGUUUUAGCGAUUACGGCAGUUACAGCUGAUGGUAAGGUGGUAGAGGCACAUGAAGGGCAAAACGAGGAUCUAUUCUGGGCGUUCAGGGGAGGUGGUGGUGGAACGUUCGGCAUCAUCACAUCGGUCGUCGUCAAAGCCUUCCCGAACACACCACUCGUCUCUGGAAGUAUUCGCUUCUCUACAACGCCGACACGAGGAACAAAUGCCACCGCCAUCUCACAUGAAACCUUCUGGGCCGGUAUGAAGGCGUAUUGGGAGUUUGGCACCGCAAUCUGCGAUGCUGGCGGCCUGGGAUACAACUUCAUAUAUCCGAACAGCAGUAUCACAGGGCUUACCUUUACUGUGUCUAUAUCGCUGCCAAAGAAGACAUUAGCAGAGUAUCGAAGCUUCGUCCGUCCACUACUGGAGAAGCUGAACUCGCUCGGUAUCGCCCUCCCCGUUCCCACACUGAAACAGUCUUUCGUAGCAGCCUUCGACAACGAACCACCAUUCCCUCUUUCCCGACGCACACUCGGCGACAUAACAGGCCACACCCUCAUAGCAUCCCGCCUCUUCCCCCGUUCGUCCUUCUCUUCUAAUUCCUCCCUCCACGCCUCACACCUCGCAAUCAGACACCUCGUUGAAGACGGCGACCUCACAUUCCACGGUAUGAGCUACUCCCCUACGCUCGCCGUCGCAGGCAAUCCCUCCAAUGCUGUGAAUCCCGCAUUCCGUAAUACAGUGCUACACGCGCAGGGCUACGAGAACGGUGCGCACUGGGACGGCAAAGCCCCCGUACGAACGAAGAGGGAACUAACAGAGAGGCAUGAGAGGUUGCAGGGGUAUAUGCAGGUUUGGAGAGAUGCUACAGUGGGAGGAGGCAGUUAUAUCAACGAAGGGGAUGCGCAGGAUUGGACGUGGAAGGAGGCGUUCUUUGGGAAUAACUACCCGAAACUGGCGCAGAUUAAGAGGAAGUACGAUCCUGAAGGUGUGUUCUGGGCUGUGGGGGCUGUUGGAAGCGAUGAGUGGGAGGUUAGGGACUUGGAUGGGAAGAGGAGGGAGGGGAUAGUCACACAAGAUGGGAAACUAUGUAGGGCUGGGGGAGCGUGA